AUGAGUGAGGAGCAGCUCCCUGCAUCUCCCCACUGCCCCACCACGCGGGAGGACACCAAUGUCUCAGCCUCUGCCUACCCCCAGUACUGGGUGGAGCCCCGGUUCACCCAAGCAGCCAAGGUCCGUGUGAUCAUCACAGCCAUCUUCUUCCUGCUGGCAGCGGGCAGCAACGCAGCGGUGCUGGGCAGCCUGCUGAGGAAGAGGAGGAAAUCCCACGUGCAGCCGCUGAUCCUCAGCCUGGCGCUGGCUGACCUGCUGGUGACAGUGAUGGUGAUGCCCCUGGACGCAGCGUGGAACGUGACAGUGCAGUGGUAUGGAGGGGACAUCUCCUGCAAGAUCCUCAACUUCCUCAAGCUCUUUGCCAUGUAUGCUGCUGCCCUGGUACUGGUGGUCAUCAGCCUGGACAGGCACGCAGCCAUCCUCCAUCCGUUCUCCCGUGCUCACCGCCGCAAUGGGAUGCUGCUCCGUGCUGCCUGGGCUGGCAGCAUGCUCCUGGCUUUGCCCCAGCUUUUCAUCUUCCACCUGAACACAAUCCCAGGAAGGAAUUUCACCCAGUGUGUUACUCAUGGGAGCUUCCGAGCACACUGGGAGGAAACAGUCUACAACAUGUUCACCUUCACCACCCUCUACAUCACCCCCCUGAGUGUCAUGAUCGUUUGUUACAUCCGGAUCCUUUGGGAGAUCAGCAAGCAGCUAAAGGUCAAUAAAGGUUUGACAAGAAAUCAAAAUGACCACAUCUCCAAGGCACGCAUGAAGACUCUCAAGAUGACCAUAGUGAUUGUCACCACCUUCAUCAUCUGCUGGACCCCUUACUAUCUCCUGGGCUUGUGGUACUGGUUCCAGCCAGCCAUGAUCCAGAAGAUGCCGGAGUAUGUCAACCACAGCUUCUUCCUCUUUGGCCUGCUGCACACCUGCACUGACCCUAUCAUUUAUGGACUGUACACCCCUUCCUUUCGGGAGGAUGUGCAGUUGUGUCUCAGGGGCAUUGAAACCGCCAUCACCAGGCAAAAGAGACACAAACCCAUCUCAGCCUCAGAGAAGAACACCAAGGAUGGUGCUGCCAAUGGUGGGGUGGCAUCAGGGGGCUCCAACGGGACAACUGUCAGCACGGUCUGAUGAAGAGAUGUACCCACAAGGGCAUGGCAAGCACAGCUUUGGGACUGUUUUGUCCUGUAGGACUAUUUUGGAGACUGUCAUGAUGAGAUUCCCUACUCACCUUUGGUAGGUGAGGGUUUCUGGCCAGAAAAUGAGAAGGUGUCUCCUCUCCGUACUCAGGGUGAAAAAUGUGUGGGUAUUUCUGAUCAUUCUGCUGAUUCUGGCAGUGCUGUGUCAAGUAGAAAAACAUCCUUUUUGUACCUGACACAUGCUCCAGUCCUGGUUGAGGGAUCAAGCUUCUCUACACUUCUAGCAUCAACCUCUGGGAGGAAAUUUACCAUCUCCUCUGUGGCCCAGGGUCAUGUUUCUGGAGUAGCUGGUCUUCAAGUGCCCUUUGCACUGUAGAGCUG